AUGAAUUCAGACGACGCUUCGCGUUAUUUAGAACGGCAGCGUCAAAUGGCUUCAAAUGUAGUCACUGCACCAAGUACUCAUCGACGUGCUUUACGUGAUGGUGAAUGGGCAUGUAUUGAUGCUAAAUGUGCAUACAUCAACGCAGAUCGCGUUAGCGUAUGUGAACGUUGCGGUAAAGCUAAACCACGUUCCAAGAACCGUGUAGGCCGUGAAAUUGGAAAAGAUGCGGCAGAAAAGUCAAAAGGAUUGUUUGCUGCUGAAGAUUGGGCAUGCACUAAAUGUGGCAAUGUAAAUUGGGCACGAAGAACAGCGUGUAAUAUAUGUAAUGCACCGAAACUGGGUGACUUGGAAGUACGAACUGGUUAUGGUGGUGGAUAUAUGGAUCGACAGAAUGUUGAGUAUAUCGAACGAGAAGAUGACGAAGAGUUUGAUGAAUUCGGUCGUAAAAAGAAACGGCGAAAAUUAGAUAACAAAGCGGAGGAGGAGCAGAAGGUUGGUGGACCAGAGGAAUGUGCAAAAUACAGUGAGAAAGCAAGUGAAGAAGAAAAAGAAAAAAUUGAAGAGGUCGAAAACGAUACCAAGCAGGCUGUGUCUGGUGACAACGAUGAAGAGGUGGAAGAGGAGGAGGACGAUGAAGAUGAAAAUGAUGCUGAUUUGGAUAAGUACGAUUUAAGUGCAGAUGAAUUUGAAGUAGAAAAUUUGAAGGCUAAAAUAGCAGCCCGUAAAGCCGCCCUUGCAUCUUCAGUUACAGAAACGCAAGUAAGGAGCGAGUCGAGAUGUUCAUCAGAUUGCUCAUGUUCAUGCAGUGGUGGUGAAUGUUCUUGUGAAGAAAGUGAAAAUGAAGAGGAGCGCAAACGUUCCAGUCGAGAUGUUGAACGUGAAAAGGAAAAAGGUGAUACCCGGAUUAAAGAUCGUGAUUCAGCUCGUGAUAAGGAAAAAGAAAAGGAACGAGAUCGUGAGCGUAGAGACGAACGUAGCAGCAAAGAUGAACGCGACAGAAAUCGACACAGUCAACGCAAUAGUCAGUGCAGGGAAAGUUCACCACGUCGACAUCACAGUUCUUCGGCGCAUCGGGAUAAAGAUCGACGUUGA